GUGAGGGGAGGGAGAGGGGCCCGGAGGGUGACCUGGAGGAGGGCUCUGGAAGUCACGUCAGGUUGGCUGCUUCAGGUUCAUUUCCAUAGUUCCCUGCGGCCUCUGCCUCGGGGAGUUAUGUUUUGUUACCGAGAUCCGCGCUACCAGAUUGCACCGGGGCUGAUUUGGGGGCUGGGAAUUUGCCAUUCUGCUGUACAGACACUGAUUUUUUUUUUUCUUCUUUUUAAAAAGCAAGAUUUUAGGUGAUGGGCAAAUCAGAAAGUCAGAUGGGUAUAACUGAUAUCAACACUCCAAAGCCAAAGAAGAAACAGCGAUGGACCCCGCUGGAGAUCAGCCUCUCGGUCCUUGUCCUGCUCCUCACUAUCAUAGCUGUGACAAUGAUCGCACUCUAUGCAACCUACGAUGAUGGUAUUUGCAAGUCAUCAGACUGCAUAAAAUCAGCUGCUCGACUGAUCCAAAACAUGGAUGCCACCGCUGAGCCUUGUACAGACUUUUUCAAAUAUGCCUGCGGAGGCUGGUUGAAACGCAAUGUCAUUCCUGAGACUAGCUCCCGUUACGGCAACUUUGACAUUUUAAGAGAUGAACUAGAAGUCGUUUUGAAAGAUGUCCUUCAAGAACCUAAAACUGAAGAUAUAGUAGCAGUGCAGAAAGCAAAAACAUUGUACAGGUCUUGUAUAAACGAAUCUGCUAUUGAUCGCAGAGGUGGAGAACCUCUACUCAAACUGUUACCAGACAUAUAUGGGUGGCCAGUAGCAACAGAAAACUGGGAGCAAAAAUAUGGUGCUUCUUGGACAGCUGAAAAAGCUAUUGCACAACUGAAUUCUAAAUAUGGGAAAAAAGUCCUUAUUAAUUUGUUUGUUGGCACUGAUGAUAAGAAUUCUGUGAAUCAUGUAAUUCAUAUUGACCAACCUCGACUUGGCCUCCCUUCUAGAGAUUACUAUGAAUGCACUGGAAUCUAUAAAGAGGCUUGUACAGCGUAUGUGGAUUUUAUGAUUUCCGUGGCCAGACUGAUUCGUCAGGAAGAAAGAUUGCCCGUCGAUGAAAACCAGCUUGCUUUGGAAAUGAAUAAAGUUAUGGAAUUGGAAAAAGAAAUUGCCAAUGCUACGGCUAAACCUGAAGAUCGAAAUGAUCCAAUGCUUCUUUAUAACAAGAUGACAUUGGCCCAGAUCCAAAAUAACUUUUCACUAGAGAUCAACGGGAAGCCAUUCAGCUGGUUGAAUUUCACAAAUGAAAUCAUGUCAACUGUGAAUAUUAGUAUUACAAAUGAGGAAGAUGUGGUUGUUUAUGCUCCAGAGUAUUUAACCAAACUUAAGCCCAUUCUUACCAAAUAUUCUGCCAGAGAUCUUCAAAAUUUAAUGUCCUGGAGAUUCAUAAUGGAUCUUGUAAGCAGCCUCAGCCGAACCUACAAGGAGUCCAGAAAUGCUUUCCGCAAGGCCCUUUAUGGUACAACCUCAGAAACAGCAACUUGGAGACGUUGUGCAAACUAUGUCAAUGGGAAUAUGGAAAAUGCUGUGGGGAGGCUUUAUGUGGAAGCAGCAUUUGCUGGAGAGAGUAAACACGUGGUUGAGGAUUUAAUUGCACAGAUCCGAGAAGUUUUUAUUCAGACUUUAGAUGACCUCACUUGGAUGGAUGCCGAGACAAAAAAGAGAGCUGAAGAAAAGGCAUUAGCGAUUAAAGAAAGGAUCGGCUAUCCUGAUGACAUUGUUUCAAAUGAUAACAAACUGAAUAAUGAGUACCUCGAGUUGAACUACAAAGAAGAUGAAUACUUUGAGAACAUAAUUCAAAAUUUGAAAUUCAGCCAAAGUAAACAACUGAAGAAGCUCCGAGAAAAGGUGGACAAAGACGAGUGGAUAAGUGGAGCAGCUGUAGUCAAUGCAUUUUACUCUUCAGGAAGAAAUCAGAUAGUCUUCCCAGCCGGCAUUCUGCAGCCCCCCUUCUUUAGUGCCCAGCAGUCCAACUCAUUGAACUAUGGGGGCAUCGGCAUGGUCAUAGGACACGAAAUCACCCAUGGCUUCGAUGACAAUGGCAGAAACUUUAACAAAGAUGGAGACCUCGUUGACUGGUGGACUCAACAGUCUGCAAGUAACUUUAAGGAGCAAUCCCAGUGCAUGGUGUAUCAGUAUGGAAACUUUUCCUGGGACCUGGCAGGUGGACAGCACCUCAAUGGAAUUAAUACACUGGGAGAAAACAUUGCUGAUAAUGGAGGUCUUGGUCAAGCAUACAGAGCCUAUCAGAAUUAUAUUAAAAAGAAUGGCGAAGAAAAAUUACUUCCUGGACUUGACCUAAAUCACAAACAACUAUUUUUCUUGAACUUUGCACAGGUGUGGUGUGGAACCUAUAGGCCAGAGUAUGCGGUCAACUCCAUUAAAACAGAUGUGCACAGUCCAGGCAAUUUCAGGAUUAUUGGGACUUUGCAAAACUCUGCAGAGUUUUCAGAAGCCUUUCACUGCCGCAAGAAUUCAUAUAUGAAUCCAGAAAAGAAGUGCCGGGUUUGGUGAUCUUCAAAAGAAGCAGUACAGCCCUUGGCUAGACUUGCCAACACCACAGAAAUGGGGAAUUCUCUAAUCGAAAGAAAAUGGGCCCUAGGGGUCAUUGUACUGACUUGGGGGUGAUUAACAGAGAGGGGACCAUCACAAUACAAAUAACAUUAGGUUGUUCUAGAAAGGAUGUGGAGGGAGGAAGGGGGUCUAAGGUCUAUCAAGUCAGUCACUUCUCACUGUGUACAUAAUGCUUAAUUUCUAACGAUAAUAUUACUGUUUAUUUCUGUUUCUCAUAUGGUCUACCAGUUUGCUGAUGUCCCUGGAAAACAAUGCAAAACCUUUGAGGUAGACCAGGAUUUCUAAUCAAAAGGGAAAAGAAGAUGUUGAAGAAUACAGUUAGGCACCAGAAGAACAGUAGGUGACACUACAGUUUAAAACACAUUGCCUAACUACUAGUUUUUACUUUUAUUUGCAACAUUUACAGUCCUUCAAAACCCUUCCAAAGAAUUCUUAUACACAUUGGGGCCUUGGAGCUUAUAUAGUUUUAAACUCAUUUUUGCCAUACAUCACUUAUUCAUUCUGUGAUCAUUUAUUUUAAGCACUCUUAAAGCAAAAAAUGAAUGUCUAAAAUUGUUUUUUGUUGUACCUGCUUGACUGAUGCUGAGAUUCUUAAGGCUUCCUGCAAUUUUCUAAGCAAUUUCUUGCUCUAUCUCUCAAAACUUGGUAUUUUUAAGAGAUUUAUAUAAAUGUAAAAAUAAUAAUUUUUAUAUUUAAUUAUUGACUACAUUUAUGAGUAACUAUUAUUAUAGGUAAUCAAUGAAUAUUGAAGUUUCAGCUUAAAAUAAACAGUUGUGAACCAAGAUCUGUAAAGUGAUAUACAGAUGAAAAUUUGAGACUAUUUAAACUUAUAAAUCAUAUUGAUGAAAAGCUUUAAGCACAAACUUUAGGGUAAAAAUUGCCAUUGGACAGUUGUCUAGAGAUAUAUAUAUACUUGUGGUUUUCAAAUUGGACUUUCAAAAUUAAAUCUGUCCCUAAGAGUGUCUCUGAUAAAAGGGCAUAUCUGCAUCUAUGUAGCUCUGCGUCUCCUGUCUUUUCAGGUUUGUCAUCAGAUGGAAAUAUUUUGAUAAUAAAUUGAACUUGUGAACUCAUUA